GGCUUCAUUGAGGAUAAACAGAAGCUGCUCUCGUGCAGUGUGUCACACUUAAAAGCUGAGCUUACCUCAAGCCUGGGUUUGCAUUUUGUAACAACUGGAAAAAAAUUAAAUUAGGUGUUUCUUUUUUUUCUACCAUUAUCCGUGAUCCAGUUUUUACCUGGCUGUUUUAUUUGCACCAUUUAGCCCUCUGAAGGUGCCUGAAGACCUUGAGAUGUCUCCUGAAGACCAUGGGACAGGAUUGAGCUGGGAGAUCAUUGAUUCAGGCCAGGACAGCCAGACUGGGGUUGGACCUCAGCUUACUGACUCCCUCAGACUCUUCCUGCAAGAGACAUCAGCUUUCAAAAAGCAAAACCCAGGCAAGUUUUGCCUGCUGGUUUGCAGUGUGUGCACUUUCUUUGCUGUCUUAGGACGCUACAUUCCAGGGAUCGUUAUCUCGUAUAUUCUAGUGUUGGGUGUCUUUCUGUGGCCUCUGAUUUCAUCUCAUGACAUCAGCUCGUGGCUGGAGCCAGUUCUGCAGAAGCUGGACUUUGGCAUCGGCGAGUUUUUUCAGAAAAUCAAAGAGAACCACGAAAGAAUGCUCCCGGAUGUCACCACUUUGUCUGAGUCAACCAAUUACCAGCUCAGAUCUGGGUUUGCACUAUAAAAUCUGACGUGUGUCUCUCUCCCUCAGCUCGACUCCACAGUGUGUAAAGAGAUGUCUGUCUCGGACACAGAGGUGUCAGAUGUCACGUGGACAGACAAUGGUACUUUCAACCUGUCAGAGGGACACACACCACAGACUGAGAACUCAGAGGACUUUGACAGAGAAGAACCGUUCAUUGGUGGCCUACCUGAAUUCCCUUCACUUGAUAAUGGCGUGACCACCAAUGGCGACGACGACGACGACCUCAGCCUCGGCCUUGCUUCACCUCCGACUCGGCUCCAGGAUCCAAUCAAAUCCAAGCACGAACCUCAAGACCAGUCCACCAACGCCCUCGAUUUGGUCAACCAGAUGGCAGGUGAAGUUAUCACCGCUGCAGUCACAGCUGCCAUCCAGGAGAGAAUAGAAGCAGCAGUCAGCUUCAUGACGCCAACUGAAGACCCCAAGCGGGCGGGACUCACAGAAUCGAGCAGGCUGCUGGAGCUGACCGAGGAGUCGGACAGCGAGGUGGAGGACUUUGAGCUGCUGGACCAGUCAGAGUUGGAGCAAUUGGAGGGGGAGCUUGGCCUCGGAGAGAAGGCCAAAGCCAAAGAAGAGGUGCAGACCGACAAUCCCGCCUCUUCUGGCUUCUUGUCCAAACUCCUUAAACGCCACUGACGGAUGAAAAGUUUGAAAGCAGAUGGUGAGGUGUGGUUUCCAGAGGACAUGUGGAGGGGAGGCAACUUUAUAGAGCUUCAAUUUAGCUUCUUCCUGUUAAGCAAACAUCUACAGAACUGAUCAGAUAGUGCUGUCUUUUUUUAAUCGAACCAGAGUAGCCUAAAGCUGAGACCACACCAUAUACCUUAAUGAUGGCUGACCAAACUGAGGCCUCUAAGAUGAUUUCAGUAACUAAUGAAAGAUCCAUGCUCAUCUGAAAACAGGCGUAUGGAUUUUUUAAAUUUAUACUUUUAUUAUUUGCUAUCAGUCAGGUGGAGGCUGGUUACUCACGUUUAUAAGGCUUUAUAUGAAUUUCAAAUUAACACUGAAUUGACUUAGACGUAGUUUUCAGGUUACAGUGUCACUAUGUGGCAAGUGUGCAAAACUAGUCUAGUACAAAACUCUCUUUCCAUUUUACAAAAGCUGGUUUAUAAUAUGAUUUGUUAUUCUUAAGUUGCAGGAAAGUAAACCCACAGUAUGCAACUCCAGCCCUGCACCUAAAAUAAAUUAGGUUCCCAUAAAUCUAAUUUGCAUUCUCAUUAAUGUUGCAAUGGAAAAAUGUUAUUUACUUAAAUCUAAUUAUCACAAAGCCAGUCAUAAUUUUUAUGUGAGACAGGAUUCCUCAAACUGAUAAUCCAAGAAACAAAAGAGGAGCUCGUAAUUUAGUUUACAAUGAAACUGUCACGGUCUGCGGAGACAGGCCGUGCGGUGGUGUGUGUGAUGGACCCAGGUGCGUACACAAGUGAGCAGACGGGAGUGAACUUAACAGAAAGCGAGCCUUUAUUAUGGCUGAAGACAAAGUGUACAAACAAAGCAGGGAUAGCGUGACUAAACUAGACUAUAACUAAACUGGGAAAACUAGUACUGUGACAAACUAAGAAGACUCUGAUGAUCACUGCAAAGACUGACCGUGAAAACAUGGAGGUGAGAACACAGACGACGCGACCCUGAACGCAGCACGACUGAGGACUAAAUACACACAUGAGGUGAUCAGGGGAAGUGGAGACACAUGAGGACACAGCUGACUAGAAUGAAACAUAA